AUUUUAGGGAGACGGGAGACAUCAAUGAACAUAUGUAAGAUGAACACUGGUUUGAUCCGGGACAACCUGAAGCAAAAGCGGGUCAACUCGAAGCCAGGAGGGGGCUUCCAGGUCACAGAAAUGGGGGUCUCCCUCGGUUGCCCAGGCUGGUUUCUGGUGCCCAACGCGGGGCUCCCCGUUAUCUCUACAAAUAAUCCAGUGAAGGAACACCAGAGCGUGGAAAGUGGAGGAUGACUGACCAAGGACGCCCGAGUACGUUUUCACUUCAAGCUCUACGGGAAGCAGGGCGCUCGGAAAAUUCCAGGGUGAGGCUGAGAGAGAGAAUCAGCCUCCUGUCUGGGUACCCACAAGACAUCUUAAGCUGUGCCAUGAGCCAGAGUCCAACGAAGAGGAAAAGACCUCGGAAUGUCUCUGCACCCCCAGUUCGUCAGACGGCUCAGAUGAACAUCUCUGUUGAGCAGAUGGAAACCAGUAAAACUCCCCAAGCGACUCCACCAACCUGGGGGCAGAUGAAGAGACUAGCUCACAUUGCAGAAGAGAACCUGAGGUCUCAGAACAAGCCGCUGACCACCAGUAACCUAAUGGUAGCUAUGAUGGUGGAAAUCUCCUUGGUGUCUACAGAUGCAGACGGCGCCUUGGGAGAGAAGCCAGACACAGUGAACGAAAUAGCAAUGGCAGUUAUUAAUUUAAAAAAAAUUAAUAGAGCCGGGCGCGGUGGCUCACACCUGUAAUCCCAGCACUUUGGGAGGCCGAGGUGGCCGGAUCACGAGGUCAGGAGAUCGAGACCAUCCUGGAUAACACGGUGAAACCCCGUCUCUACUAAAAAUAUAAAAAAUUAGCCGGGCGCGGUGGCGGGCGCCUGUAGUCCCAGCUACUCGGGAGGCUGAGGCAGGAGAAUGGCGUGAACCCGGGAGGCGGAGCUUGCAGUGAGCCAAGAUCCCACCACUGCACUCCAGCCUGGGCGACAGAGCGAGACUCCGUCCCAAAAAAAAAAAAAAAAAAAAAAAAUAGAGACAAAAAAAAGGGAGACAUGUGGGAAAGAGAGUUUCUGGAAUGCCAGAUGAGUUGGUCUCCCCUGCGUGAGACAUCCAUGGCGAGCCAUGGGCGGCCUCUGAGGAGUAAAGUCUCCUUUUUGCCUUCACGGCUUUCUGCAUGCCGCAGGUGCUGGCGGAGAUAACACUCCCUUGAAGCAGUGGCUCCUCCUGAAACCCACUCCCACCCAUUUCAGUCCGGAUAAGUUAAAGAUCUUAAGUAGUUUAGACACACGCCUUUGCUAGAGGAAAUUCACAGAAACCGCCACUGCUAUACAUCUUAUUGAAUGACUCACGAGUCCUCCUUCAUUGAUUAAUCCUCUUCCUCAUCCCUUCUUACCCCUCCCAUUUGCCCUAAGAACAAAGAGCUUGUAAACCAAUAAAUUGGGUGGAGGCCGAGAGCUCCGGGCCGCGAGCAAGCCUCCGACGCUCCUGUCCCCUGGACCCGCCCGGUUAACUGCUGUUCUGUCUCUUUCUAAAUCCUUUGUCUCCGCUGGACUCGGGGUACCCGCCGGGUGGCGUGGGGCUGGUUUCCCCAACAGGUCCCGAACUCUCCUGGACUGAAGCGCUCCUCCCGCUUCAGUCUCCCAAAUGGUUGGGAAGACAGGCGUGAGCCCCCGCGCCGGGCCAAGGGGCCGCUUAGGACCGACCUUUUCCCCCGACGACACACCCUCGUCCCCCAGCCUCGCGCCGGACACGGCGCCGCAGCCCCAGCGCGCGGGGGUGGAGAGAACUGCGGGGCAGGGGCGCCCCGUGGGUCCCGCGGUCACGCCAGGUCGCUCGGCCGCACUAGUGGGUCCCCGGGCGGGCGCAGGGCCGGGUUUCGGGGAC